GCCAAUAAAGGGGGAGGGAAAGCUGGGGAGGGGGCGGGGGAGGAAAAGGAAGGGAGGGGGCGGAGCCAGAGCUGCGCCGCCUUUGGGAGACGUGGCAGGCCGAAAGCCUGGGCUGAGCUCGGUCCCGGGCCGCGCUGUCUCCUGCCUGCGUCUCCCCAGCCGCGGCCGUCUCCCAGGCUCCGGUGCCCGAGCCCCGAGGGCCUGCCGCCGCGCCCCCGCAGCCCGGAGAGAAACGGGGGGCCGAGGGCCUACGCAGAGAUCAUGGAAGAAGUGACGUCGUGCUCCUUCAACAACCCCCUCUUCCAGCAGGAAGAGAAGGGGGGGGUCACCUACCGCAUCCCAGCCCUGCUCUACAUCCCCCCCAAGUACACCUUCCUGGCCUUCGCAGAGAAGCGCUCCACAAGCAGGGACGAGGAUGCGCUCCACCUGGUGCUGAGACGAGGGCUAAGGACGGGGCACACAGUACAGUGGGGACCACUAACACCACUGAUGGAAGCCACGAUACCUGGGCAUCGGACCAUGAACCCCUGUCCUGUGUGGGAGCGAAACACUGGCUGUGUGUACCUGUUCUUCAUUUGUGUGCAGGGCCAUGUCAGUGAGCGUCAGCAGAUUCUGUCAGGCAGGAAUGCUGCUCGCCUCUGCUGCAUCAGCAGUCGGGAUUCUGGCUGUUCAUGGAGCAACGUGAGGGACCUGACUGAGGAGGUCAUUGGCCCAGAAGCUAAGCGCUGGGCCACAUUUGCUGUGGGCCCGGGUCAUGGCAUCCAGCUGAAGUCCGGGAGGCUCAUCAUCCCUGCAUACACCUACUACAUCCCUUACUGGUUCUUUUGCUUCCGGCUACCAUGUAAAGCCAGGCCUCAUUCCCUGAUGAUCUACAGUGAUGACCUAGGCACCACGUGGCACCAUGGCAGGCUCAUUAAGCCCAUGGUGACAGUGGAGUGCGAAGUGGCAGAGGUGACUGGGAGGGCCGGCCACCCUGUGCUGUACUGCAGCGCCCGAACCCCAAACAAAUGCCGGGCAGAGGCCCUGAGCACUGAUCAUGGUGAAUGUUUUCAGAGACCAGCCCUGAGCCAGCAGCUCUGUGAGCCCCCUCAUGGCUGCCAGGGCAGUGUGGUGAGUUUCCAGCCCCUGGAGAUUCCAAAUGAAUACCAGGACCCUAAUGGCAAAGAUGAUCCUGCCCUUCAGCAGAACCCUCUGCUGGGCAGUUCGAGGCCAGAGCAGGAGGAAGCUGGGACACUGACAGAAUCAUGGCUCUUGUACUCACACCCAACCAGUAAGAAACGGAGGGUUAACCUAGGCAUCUACGUCAACCGGACCCCCUUGGAUGCUGCCUGCUGGUCCUCCCCCUGGAUCUUGCACUGCGGGCCCUGUGGCUACUCUGAUUUGGCUGCUCUGGAGGAGGGCUUGUUUGGGUGUCUGUUUGAGUGUGGGAUCAGGCGGGAGUGUGAGCAGAUUGCCUUCCGCUUGUUUACAGACCAGGAGAUCCUGAGCCAUGUGCAAGGUGAGUGCACCUGCCCUGGCAGGAACUCGGACCCCAUUCAGAACUAAUUGGCUGAGGAUCUGGCUUUCCACAGAAGGAAGCCAUUAGACGGCGACCGUGGCCAGGAUAACAGAGGUUACGGAAGCCUACAGGGAAUCGCAAAAUAUAAUAUUUUGCUCCCUACCUUUUUUUCUCCCCUUCAAGAUAAUGAACUAUAGCCGAAAUAGCACUGAUCUGUGUGAAUUGGGAGACUGUGAUAUGAUCUUGGAUCUGCCAUGGCUGGCUCUAGGAACUUGAACUCUCUGGGCCUCAGUCUCCAUCUGUAAAGUGAGAGGAUUGGUUGUGAUCUCCCUCCUUCCUAUCCCUCAGGAAGGCAGAGGGCCUGAUGGCCACAUGAUCAUCAAGUCCUGGCUGCAUAGGACUCUGGUAUCAAAAUGGAAACCAUAGGACUCAUCUUUUCAAAUGACUCACUGCUUAUCCAAGUGUGAGGUUCUAAGCAAGUGUCAUGUCAUAAAGGAUCUGGAUGAUCAGUAAUAGACGAACUCUGUCGGCUUCCAAGAAGACUUGGGCAAAACAGAAUCAUGAGGUCACCUACCUUCUUAGCUUCGCAACUCUGCUCAACCUGUGCUUACGUAUCCAAACAGCAGUACUUCCUAAGGAGAAAAUGAAAGGCUCAGUACCAUGUUUCUGAUGACAUUUCUAUGAAAGACAAACUAAAGUUCAUUUAUUAGGAUGGUUCCUGAUGAGAAAAAGACAUGACUUAGGACUUUAAAACAUUGGACAAAACUUCCCACCGUCUCUGCCCUCGAGGAGUUCACAGUUUAUGAGGCUGGAAGAAGGAGAAAAUUUGUUUUAAAUGCAGUUGGUGGGAUAGUCAGUAGAUGUUGGGCUCUGAGUUGCAGAUCUGUAGAUCAUUAUCUUGGUGCCUGGAGUCAUCUGCCCCAGGGCUUGUCCAGGCUGCUAGGUUCCCCCUAAGUUUGUUUUUCUUAGAAUAUUGUCCCGGCUCAGCCACUCUGUUUGCCAGCGGAGAAACUCUUCGCCCUCAGGAAGGUCUCGGACCCUCCAAACCACUGAAUCUGGCCUGUUUGGAUCUACUGACGUCUCUGUUUGUGAAGUGAGAUGACCUUGUCUAAUAGUUUUGGGCUCAACUUUACUAAUCCUGGGUCUCCCAGAUGAUACCAGGUUAGUUGCUCUUAUUUUAGGUUGUUUCCCUCGUAGCCUGUUAGCAAGAGCUGUUUGUUUUUUGUCCCUCUUAAAUCGGUAUAUCAGCUAAAUACAGGGUGGGACAAAAGUAGAUUUAUAGUUGUUCAUAUGGAAAAUAAUACAAUAAUUAAUAAAUAAUAGUACAAAAAUAACUGUGUUUCAUGUACUCAGAACUUUGUCCUACCCUGUAUAUGUGGUGCUAGGUAAUGGCCCAGAGUGAAAGUCUUAGUGGUAGAGCAUAGUCUAGGAUGCAUCCAUCAUACGGUGGAGAAGUCCUAUAGGAGGAAAGAAGGGAUUACCUUCACCUCCUUUGUAUUUAGCUUAAACCAUUGUCUUAGGGUGGCCAGUGUACAUUUGCCAUUACCUUCUCAGUAGUCCGCUGUGAUCAUUCACUCAUUUAUACAUUUAUGUAGCUACUUUGUGAGUGCCUGUGCAUAAUGUAAGGUGCUUUCUGUUGCCAUUCCCUGGUUGAAAAUAAUUUGUGGCUCCUCAUUGCCUAUUAAAGGCUACAAUUAGCCUGGCAUGUAGGGUGAAAUAAUGAUUACUUAUCUCUGCUUCUUUACGUGAAGGCCACUGUCAAGCCCAUUGUCAAGUUGGCACGUGGAGACAGGUGGGGUGAGGUGGGCAGAGUGGUGUAGGGGGAGGAUUGAAAGGGCAACCCCCUCCUGAGAUCUUGUUCGUCAAAGCUUUCCUGAGCACUUUACUCUGAAUGGGUAGAAAUAGGCAGGAUGGCGAAGCUCUACAUCGGGGCUCAAUGGAGAGAGAAUGAGAAUAUCAGGACUUCUUGGGACUAUCCAAGAAGGGAGGGACUUCAGUCACAUGCCAGUGGGGACCGCAGAUGUCCGGUAUGGGUAUUCCUAAAGACUUAGCCACCUUUAAAUUGCCCCACCCUUUCUCCUUCGCCUUUGCCUCAUGUUUGCUUCUCCUUAGAGAGAAAUUCCCUUAAUGGGCAAAGGGCCUAUAUGCACAUUUUGGGACUAGCAAGAAAGGAGGUUUAGGGCAGGCAUAACCUGGAAUGAGGAUUAGAGAGGAACAGGUGGGUGAUGGCAGCUGUGAAGAAAAAGAAUAGCAGGUAGAAGUCCUGGCACCUUUGGAGAUAGAAAGGACAGACUGACAUGAGGCCAAGCUGGAGGGCUGUGUAGGUGGUAGGGCUGUGAAGAAAUGAUAACUGGCUGGAGCUGUUCCGAGAAAUGUGGGAACGGAUAGAGGCCUGCACAGGCAGCAGGAAAAUUCCUCCCCAGCCCAGUAAUUGUAAGCUGGCUCUACUUGACCAACAAAAACCACCAUAGGCACUCAACUCUGUUUGUGCCAAUUACCCAGAUCUUCAGGGCUCUGGGACCGACCCCGUGAUGCUGGUGUCCUAACUAAGCCCAUUCCAGCUUUUUCAGGUUGGUAGGAUGAAAAGAGAGGGCAGGUGAUGGCAGCUGUGAAGAAAAGAGGAAAGACUGAAGGCCUCUGAUACAGAGACAUGAAGAGAGGACUGCAUAGGCUGUGCACCUUUGCUCCCGGAUACCCCAUCCUGUCCUUGAACCCUUAGUAAGUAUCCAUCUAGCAACGGUGCCCCCCAACACCUCCACUGGAAGUGCAAGAGAGCACCGGAAGUGAGUGGCCUCCUCCUGCUGAUAGGUACCCAUCUGUUCAACCUGCUGCUCCUGCUCAUGCUCCCUAACUCCUGGUUCCUCACUCUUAGGCAGGCUCCUAAUAUUUACCUUGGGCCUUUGUUGUUUGGCUCUUGUUAUUUGUUAUUUGGAUCAGUUUUUCCUAGUCACCAGUCUCCCCUCAGAUAUCCACAGGGUAUCAUGUAGCUACAGCCCUAGGUAAGAGACCUUGCUUCCUGCCUGUGGGGCAGCCCGAGGGACUCACAGGCCACCCUGAGGCUGCCCAGCCUCUGCUCCAGGACAGUGGGAUUCAGGACUCUCACUUGGGCCACAUUAAAUUGCUCAGGCUCUUGAGGACGUGAAUUUUCCCACUGCAUUAUUCAGUAGGUGUCGUGUCCUGUGCUGCCACAACGCACAGUCUGAGCCUUCCUGCGGGCCUUCCCACAGGCUGCCCUGCGUUAUUGCCUGUUGUGCCCUCUAGGCCUCUGCUAGGCUGUGAACUCCUUGAGGGCCAAGUCUGACUCCUCACUGUGUCCUCUUAGAACAAAUGCUCUCUAUCACAUUUCCCUGUUUAGGACUCUUGAGUCCUCUCUGUCCUCUGACCCAACACAGGGCCUGGCACAGAAUAGACAACAGUGAAGCUAUGCUGAGUUACUAACGGAGUUAGAGACCCUUGGCCUUCAAAGCUAACUGAGAAGGGUAGGGCGAGUUCCCUCCAGGGAGGAGCGUGUCACAUCCCUCUGGAUUGAGAGCACUCUAAACGUGCUGGACGCUCGCUCCAAAUGGGUCUUCUCUGCUGGCCGCUUCCACGUCAGUCAGGGUUUCCUGGGAACGAGCUUUCCUCCGGCUGCCUGGACAUGCCAAGGAAAAACUGAUCCAAAUAACAAGUAGCCCAAACCCAAAGCAAAGCCUUGACUUGGGGUUCUCAUUUCACUGGUAACCCCCUCCCCCCUCUAAUUGGAUUUUCUGGAGCUACCACUCCUCCAGGACUCGGAGGGAGGUGCUGGGGCUCAGCAUGGUCCAUGCAUGUCUUGAUUCUGUGAUACCCCGUGCCACAAGUGCUCUCUGUACUGUGAAAUCUACCAUGACUCCUUGAAACAAGAAAUACGAAUAAAAAGCAUAAUUCUGGUACUACUAGUUUUGUUGUUGUUAAGGAAACCUAGAUUGUAAUCAUUCUUAUAUUUAGUUUAUACCCAACUUUUUUUUUUUUUAUUUGAGGCAUUUUCUUGCUUUUCAUACGAACUUUAGCUCUCAGAAAACAUUAUUAUAAUAAUCCUUUGCACUUGUACACACUGAUAUUUGAACAUAGUGACGGAUUGAGGGCGGCAGUACAGAGGUGACCAUGGCUGGUGUGAUGACACAUUAGCUGUUAAGUGGAGGCACCUGGGUGCACAAAAUCCCUCCCUCUAGCACCAGCCUCAGUGCUUUGUCACCCACGUCUAAUUUCUAUUUUCAAAAAUACCUUGAGAUUACUCUCAAAGUGCAAUUGGAGAAGCCGCAAAUAUUACCUCAAUGAAGUGGGGUAAUAGCUUUUGCUUGACUUCCUUUUGGUUACUUUGGGAGCUUAAGGCAUUACUGAUUCUGCCAAAUGUUUCAACCUAACAAUUCCAGUCCUGUCACUAGGUCAGCUGUCUUUUUUUUUUUAAAAUUGACUAUUGAAAAAGUUUCAAAUGGACAUAUCUUUUGUUGUACCACUGAGAGUCUUAAAAUGACGAAAGAAUGAAGUUGAGAGAACUGCGAAUUUGCCUCUAAAAGUAGUUUUACAAUAAUUCUAGAAUUGUAUUUUAAAAUCCAAUGAUCUUUUUGUGUGUGUUGUGUUAGAUUGCUUAAUGUCUGAGGGACCUCUGGGUUUGAGAGGAAUAUGCACCACUACGUAAAUAUUAGUGCUCUGUUUAUUAAACUCAUAUUCAAUAAAACAUUGAAAAUCUCUCGUGUA